AUGCAAGCCCCUUCUCCCUCGCCGCAGGGCAAGAAUGCAGGAACCCUUGGCUUCUCCUCUCUGGGCUCCGACGCAACAGCCGUUUCCAAUGCCCCGGUUGAUGAAACUGGAUUCAAAGUGCCCUUUGGGGAGUCCGGAAUUGAGGCACGACGGGGUUCAGAGCAGAGUGCGUCCAGUGCUGGUGUUCAGUCUCUACCGCAGCUGGCCUUUCAUCCACCCCAAGAACAAACCGUCAGAUUGGACAACACCUACGCGAUGCAAUCUGCCAACGAUGCCAGAGGCAUCUCGGACGGCGAGCAUGUCCAGUUCGCAAGCUAUCCAGAUGAGAAAUUUGGUGGGCCUACACUGGGCCCAGCUCCCAAGACCCCUCCUAGUCCCCAGGCAAGAACCUGGGUUCCACACCCGCUCCGGCCUUGGUUUUGGAUUCCUUUCGUCCUUUUCCUGCUUGCCGGCGCGAUUGGCCUCGAAGUUGCCUUGCACUUCAGCAACCAAAACCAAGGCUGGCCGUCGGGAGACACGGACAAGCAAUCCUUGGCUCUUCACUACGUAUACACGUUACCUCCCGUCAUCGUUGCUUCCAUCCUAGUGGCGAUGUGGGCGUGGACUGAUGUUGAAGUCAAAAAAAUCCAGCCCUACGUUGAUCUGGUCCAUGGAGACGCGCCCCCACACAGAAGUUUACUAUUGGAUUACACGCGGCACAACAAUUUCUUCGUUUGGACUCAUGCAGCAUCCAAUCGUCACUAUUUGGUGGCCCUCGCAUCGUUGAUGGUUAUUCUUAGCUUGAGUUUCCAACCUCUUGCUGCGGCUCUGCUUCAGGUUAAGGACACCUGGUGGCAAGAACCAGAUGUGUCGAUGAGUAAUCGUGCCGUUAUCGGCCUGAACCAGGACCCCCAAUUUCAAGAUUUGACCUAUUUCCUCACUGCGGCAGGAUAUUCAAGCUCCAUGGUUAUGUACGAUCUUGCGCCGCCAGCAUUUGUCAAGGCUCCGUAUGCCGUCGCCCCAUUCGAGCUUCCCACCACCGUAAAGAAUGGAACUGCUUUUGCGAAUACGACUGCAAUCAAGAGCGAGACUGGCUGUGAGGGUGCUCGAGUUAACAUGUCUCGUCAUCCCGAUGGUUCGGGAUGGACUAACUCAGCUUCUCUGAAUGGAUGCGAAAUAACCUGGGAGGUAGAUGUUAACAGCAGGAUAUUGUUCGGAACUGAUACUCCCACGUGUACGGACAAUCCUCCUGCAGACCGCAGCCCCGUCGUUUUCUGGUACUUCUCCUACAUCCCUGCUGCUCGUGCGUCGGCUACGUUCUGCUACCCGAGGAUAUCCCUCCUCGAAGUCGACGUCGGCGUUGAUGUCGCGACCGGAAAUGUGACGAGAGUUGCCGAGAUUGGGCCCUUGUCGUCUUCGAAUUUCUCAUCUCAGUCGGGCACUGUAACAGGAGCGCCGCUCUUCGGCCAGGCGUACAACGGAAUCAACUUCAACUUCACGACUAACCCAGAUCGAUUCAUCUUGGCUAGGCAGAACGCCACCCAGCUCCAGCUACCUGCUGCAGUGUUUCAAGCUGCCACCCUCAGCGAUGCGGGGUUCUCAGAUAGCUUCGAUGGCACAGCACUAACCACACUGACGGAUGAGAUUUAUAGUGCCUAUCUGUCGCUCGUCGCCCGCAGUGUGUAUUUCGUCCCAGACUCUCAGCUCAUCAACGUCCGAGUUAAAACUUUCAAGAAGCGUGUUUGGUUAACUGAUGUCGCUGUCCAUCUUCUUGCUACGGCGAUGAUCCUGCUCGCCUUCUUCGCUACUAUUCUCCACCUCUUCCAUCGUGAGGAGCGGCGCGACCUCCAUCUCAAGCACGAGCCAGGGACUAUCGCCUCCGCCGUCUCCAUCGGGGCACAAACUGGCGUCGGCGAAGUCCUCGCUGGACGACAUGCCGAGAAGGACAUAGCGGAAGCGCUGAAGAACAAGAAGUUCCGCAUCGACCCUGCUACUAUGAAGAUUAUCAUGGAGGGCGAGUUCGGCUACGAGCAGGCCAAAAGCCCGCAGUACCGUCGAUCCAUCUUCGCGAUCAAUUCAACACGCCGCAAGCGCCGAAGUACGAUGCCUGAUGGAGAGAACAGUCCGACCACCUCGCCUCCUCGAACACCCAACCCCAAGUCUCCGACGACGCCUAAUGCCCCUGGAACUCCCGGAAGUCCCGAUCGCAAGGGAACUGAUGCUGCUGGAAGCCCUCUGCUCCGCCCCAACCGACGCGAGACUGCGUAA